ACUGCCAACUUCACCAAAAGGCAAAACCUUCCUUCUCUUUAAUCCACCAUGACCUCCAACUCUAACCCAAGCUUUGAUGAGCUCAGAUGGGUGAUUGAGAUACGUAGGACUCUAGAUGAAGAGCUUGAAGAAGAUAGUGAAGUCCCCGUGAACAUCUACAAUGUGCCCAAAACCCUAAUGGCUACUAAGCCGGAUUGCUACGUUCCUCAAGAAGUUGCACUGGGGCCUUAUCAUCAUUGGCGGCCGGAGCUCUAUGAGAUGGAGAGGUAUAAGCUUGCAGCAGCGAAAAGAACUCAAAAGCAUCUCCAAAGAGUGAAGUUUGAAAGCCUUGUUGAUCAGUUGACCAAGCAUGAGCCAAGGAUUCGAGCUUGUUACCACAAGUUCUUGGAGUUCAAUGGUGAUACCUUAGCGUGGAUGAUGGCUAUUGAUGCCUCUUUCUUGCUUGAGUUCCUUCAAGUCUAUGCCAUCAAGGCGGGUCGGGUGCUGACCAGAGUUUCCUCCAGGAUGUCACACCUAGUUGAUUAUGCCGGGACCAAAUCAGCUCAUCAUGCGAUUCUUAGAGACAUGGUGAUGCUUGAGAAUCAAAUUCCAUUGUUUGUAUUGAGGAAGGUGCUAGAAUUCCAGUUCCCCACUCUAGAUCAAGCUGAUGAUAUGUUGUGUUCAAUGUUAGCCGGGUUUGGUGAAGAUCUUUGUCCAUUUGGGAUGAUGAAGGACUUGCCCCAGAUCCACGUUGAGGAGCAAGCCCACCUGCUGGACUUUCUGUACCAUCUCAUCGUGCCAAGAUCAAAAGAACCAUCUGAAAUAAUUGAAGUAGAGAACGAAGAUGAAUCAAAGGAGGGCAAAGAAGAAUCUUUUGGAGAUUCCAAUUAUGUGCAACAGCUAUUUCAGAUAAUUUGGAAUCUGCUCUCAACAUGCACUCAAGGCCCAAUACGUCUUCUCAAGAGACUUUUAUUAUCCGAUCCUGUAAAAGUCAUACUGAAAUUGCCUUGGACAAUCGUCUCCAAUCUCCCCGGGUUUUCCAUCUUGAAACAACCUGUCGAAGAUAUCUUCUUUUCCCAAAACAAAGAAGAAAACAAGCCUGAAAAUGGGAACAACAUCAUCAAACCUCCACUGAUAGAGGAAAUCGCCAUCCCUUCAGUGUCCGAGCUCUCCAAAUCCGGUGUCCACUUCUUACCUACUAAUGGUAGCAUCUCAUCCAUCACUUUCGAUGCUAAGAUGGCCACACUUUACCUCCCUACUGUUAGCUUAGACGCAAACACAGAGGUCAUUCUGAGAAACCUGGUUGCAUAUGAAGCAUCAAAUGCAUCAGGGCCACUCAUUAUUGCUCGGUACACUGAACUAAUGAAUGGGAUUAUUGAUACCAAGGAAGAUGCCCAGUUUCUGAGAGAAAGAGGUAUUAUUUUGAACCGGUUGAAGAGUGAUGAAGAGGUGGCCGACCUGUGGAAUGGGAUGAACAAGACCAUAAGGUUGACGAAGGUGCCCUUCCUAGAUAAGGUGAUUGAAGAUGUGAACAACUAUCACACUGGCAUAUGGCAGGUUAAGGCCGGAAAGUUUAUGAAGCGUUACGUGUUUGGUUCAUGGCAGUUUCUAACGUUUCUCGCUACCGUUUGCAUCUUGUGGUUAAUGGCAUUGCAAGCAUUUUGCUCUGUCUAUAGCUGUCCUCGAAUGUUUAAUGUCACAAAAGAUCAGUGAUGUUUUGGUGAUUUUCCUAUAUCUUAUCUCAAGUUAUAUGGUACUUUUGAUCUUCUCCUUACAUU